AGAGAAUUACACAAGGAUACUCACAGCAGAAUCAGCCCUUCAGUUUGCUGCUCAUUAGCCCAGAGAAGAAAAGCUGAAGUGCUGCUCCAUCCCUCCUCCUCUGGUCAAAUCCCUACCCUCUGGUAUGUAGACAAUGCAUUUCUCAGCUACAGAUGAUGAUUCUUUUUGGAAUUAAGACGUGACGCUCCCCCUCGUCUAGCUCGGCUGUCAGCACGAUGCAGUUGUCCCCGAGGUCUGCCGAGGAGCGCGGCAGCUCAGCAGCCGUCCCUGCUGACUGGCUUCUGACGAGUUUUUCCUGCCUCAUCAUACUACAAGCAGAGUACAGCGAGUCCUGCAGCCUGCAGGUGUCUCCCAGCAGAGGAAGCUGCAGAGCCCCUGGGGAUCGUGUGUGGUCCCCGAGCAGAUGUUGACUUGCUCUUGGUGCUCUUCGUGAGACAGAGCCUCUCUGAUCCUGUCAGCGUGCUAAAGAACACCGACUAUCAGAGGACGGCCGCACUCCCGCGCCUGCAGCUGCUCCUUUAACGUACAAAGGCAGGAUUUCAAGUGAAGAGAAGAAUGGGAGUCUGGCUGCAGUGUUUCCUUCACAGCUAUAACAACAGAUUGGAGGAAGCUGAGAGUUUUGGUGCCUGGAAAACUGGAUUCUAAAUCGUGAGAGGCUUUGAAACACCACCCCGCCCCCCAAAUAAAACAAAAACCUUUGACUUCUCUCAGCAGGAGGGGGAGGGAGGGCGGAUUUACCAUGAAGACAAAUCGAAGAUGCAGAGCCCUGCUAGCAGUGAGUCUGAAUCUGAUGGCUCUCCUCUUCUCUACAACAGCUUUUAUCACAACCCACUGGUGUGAGGGCACGCAGAGGGUCCCCAAGCCGAGCUGUGGGAAGGAGAAGAAGACAAACUGCCUCAACUACAGUGGGAAUGAGACUGCCAAUGAGACAAACCAGAAUGUGGUUCAUUACAGCUGGGAGACAGGAGAUGACCGCUUCCUUUUCAGGUAUUUUCACACUGGGAUCUGGUACUCCUGUGAGGAAAAUAUCAAUGCUUCUGGUGAAAAAUGUCGAAGUUUUAUUGACCUUGCUCCGGCUUCUGAAAAAGGUGUCCUGUGGCUGUCAGUAGUAUCUGAGGUGUUAUACAUAAUGCUGUUAAUCGUUGGAUUCAGCCUUAUGUGCCUUGAGCUCUUUCAUUCAAGCAGUGUAAUAGAUGGGCUCAAGUUAAAUGCCUUUGCUGCUGUCUUCACUGUGCUUUCAGGUCUCUUGGGGAUGGUGGCACACAUGAUGUAUACUCAAGUUUUCCAAGUGACAGUCAGCCUUGGGCCAGAGGACUGGAGACCUCAUUCAUGGGACUAUGGAUGGUCCUUCUGUCUGGCAUGGGGUUCUUUCACCUGCUGCAUGGCGGCCUCCGUUACUACCUUGAACUCUUACACUAAGACUGUCAUUGAGUUCAGACACAAGCGCAAAAUCUUUGAGCAGGGCUUUCGAGAAGAACAGAACUUCCUAGACCAGGAAGCCAUCAAGUACUUCAGAGAAAGAACACACACCUUGCGCUUGUCACCAGUGGGGUUUACAAUGUGCCUGAGGAGACAGCCCACAUGAGCUACUGGAGCAAUUACGCUUGCUGGCAGCAGAGAUGGGAUGCAGAUCAGCCACUCUGGAAGGUGCUGACACAUCAUAUAAUAGAAAUUAGUUUAUUGCAUAUGGAAUAAUUAUUCAAUAAAAAGCACAGAAAAGGCCUUGGACUUUGCAGGGUCCUUCUGAAGGGCACUAUGGGUUAAUGACUAGGAUAUAGGCAUGCCUUGUCAAAAAGUAUGCUAAUUUAUUCUGAGUUCUGCUAGUCAUAGAUCUGUACUCUUUUUGUUAGCCCGUGUGGCUGCACUUGUGCACUUGCUGCCCUCCUUCUUUCACAAGAAGCUUUGCUUAACAUUGCAGAAUGUGAAGAACGCAAAAACAUUGACCUCAGACAACAAGGAAUGUCUGAUAGACUCUUUAGGUAUGCCUUCAUGCAACAAGGAGCUGAUAAGUGCAGAGAAUCCUCAACAAAAGCUGAUUGUUAGAAGCAAUGUAAAGAUAUUUUGGCUGCAGAAACCAUAGGGAGGAUUCAUUCCCAUUCUUCUGACUGACGUAGCAGUUUCUCAGUGGUGGAAGAGAGUGGCUGGGGAGCUUUGAGGAGACAGGAAAUUUAGCAUGAUCAGACAUUUCGGUAGGAAAUUGAGGAGUCCUCCUGAGCAGGAAAAACUAGAGACCUUACUGCUUAUAACUUUGCUUUGGUUAGCCAACCUUAACUAAUAGGCUCUGCUGUUACAAUUGCUUCUCUGCCAAAUUGCAGAUUUUCUCUCUACAUUUCAUACGAUAUGGAAGGAUCAAAGAAAUGAUUCAAUCAACCAUGACUUUCCUAAUUUUGCUUUUAGAGACAACAGUGAGUUUUAAAAAAAUUUUUGUGUUUAAAAAAAAAAGUACAGACAGUGAAGGGGAAGUGGUCCCUGUGUGUCUCGGGGAAAUACAAAGUGAGAGGGAAACAGCUGAAUUAUUGAACUGAGAAUUGCAGAUGUGAGACCAGCAGAACUGUAAGCAACAGAAUAUGUUGCAUCAUAUUGGGAAAUGCUAAGGAAACUUUAUAAGAUAUCACUGCUGCCCUUUCUGGAACAGUAAAUAGGAAAAAAAAAUAACUGCAUAGAGGACUGUAACCCUCGUUAUCCCACAUCUGUGUUGUGUGGUUUGAUUUUGAUUCUUCAUGCACGCUACAUACUACACAGACUCGCCAUUUUUAUGUACAAGUAAAACAAUAUCACAUACCACUUUCCAAUCAAAUUCAUGUUGAAGCUGUAAUCUCAGAGACCUUCACACCGACAUACUAGAUAAACAGAUCAAUGACUGAGCUUGGCCCACCAAGCAUGACAAGUUGAAUCCAGCACCAAAGGCUUGUUCACGUCUCUUGGGAGGAAGGCUUCAUCUUAGCCAUGCAACUAACAGCGUAUUUAACACAUGUACACCCAAGACAAAAAGCCACUUUGGCCAGUAUAAAUCCAUGUGUUUUUUAAUUCUCUUUAUAUAUAUAUAUCACUCAAAACAAGUGCCGUACUGGGCAACAUGCGUAUGGAACAGCCUUCAUACUGGAGAGAGAUGACCCGUGUUUAAUAUUCUUGUCUCUACCACUUGCUCUAUGACAGGGCUGUACAUUUUAUUCUGUUCUUCCAGCUUCCUUGCUCCUUUUGAGUUUGUGUGAACAAUUCACUAGUUGGCCAUAUCCUCCAGUCUCUUUUACACACACCUGGCAAACACAGCCCAAACACGUGGCAUCCCCAGACCAUGUGCUGCCACAGCAGACAAUGAGAGGUCCCACAAUGGGCCCCUGAAAUGAAACUACUGUUCAGAAAGGUAGCCAAAAAUACACAUUUGCAUGGCACGUAUCCUCUUCCCAUCCAUGGGAUGGAGACGUGCCCCCAAACAGCACAUGUGGCCCUCAGAGUGACUAUCACAGACCUAGCACCUCUCAGACCUCUCAUGCAGAGCACAUCUCUGCCACAUCCCUGUUCAUCCUGCAGCAUGACACUCCACAGACCUCCCGGCAAACACAUUUAGGCUACCAAUGUCUUACAUUUCUGGACUGAUAAUUACAGCAUUCUUACAAUGUUGUUGAUGCUUGAUCUUAUAUUCACUGUCAACUAAUGUACUUCAUGAUUAUGAUUUUCUUAUUUUUAUUUUGCAUUAUUUUAAUCAUCAUAUCUGAGUGUGUAACAAGAAGUCCUGAGGCAGCAUUACCAUGGGAUCAUUCUAGAGAUCUAAAGCCGUGUGGCAUUGCAGGCUUUUUUUUUUUUUAAAGUUAGCAUGCUUGUGGUCAGCAUCACCCGGAUAUGCUCCGUGAAUGCAGGGGUGCUGGGAACAUUGAUUAGUAGAACCAUAUUUCUAGAUUCUUUGCAUCACCAAGGAAGUGCCAACAGUUUCAGCAAGCACAUGACUUCCUCUAGCUCUGAUGUUCCUUUGCACAAAUAGAAAAUAGAUUCCCCUUCCUUCCUGUGCAUAUAUCCAGGGAUACUUCACCUUCCCUCCUACUCCUACACCUCCAUGUUCCUUUUCAAAACAUUUAAAUAAAACCAUCCGGCCUUUCUUCCUUCCACUUGCUUUGUAUAUAUUACUACCCUCUUCUUUGCAUGUUUCUCUACCUCAGUACACAUUCAGCAUCCACGGUACACAUGCAAACAGGCUCUGUGUUGAAAAGACUUAGUGCAGUGGGCAGUUUUCUAAGAGGAAUAUAUUUUUUGGAGGAAGUUAAAGCUUUGACAUCAGUCUCCACAGCUGCAGUUCAUCAUCUGGGAGACAGGGAAGAAGAAGAGUUAGCCCCAUUUUGUCUGAAGUAAGUUUUUUGUUGGAACAUGUAUCUAUAGGCCCUUGUUCCCAGAGAAGACAUUUGUUUUAUGAAUAAAAAAAAAUACAAAAAGACAACAAAACACCUCUCCUGCAAGUACUUUGUCAAGCAUAACAUCACUGUAUUUCAUUUAAUUUUAACCGCAUGCAUCUGCACCAGCUUUUCUUGAGGACUCCCUAAGACCCCAACUGAAGAUUCACUAGCAAUGUAUUAGAUGAUGUUCCCUUGAUGGCUCCUGUUUCAAGAAGUGUACACCAUGUUCACAACCUGUGCAGGGGAUGAGCCACAUAGCCCCCAACCCAUCGCUCCCCACCAGCUCACUCCAUCCCCUCCUCACAGCAUAUGAGCCUCAGCCUGUCUGCAUUACUGCUGCUUGUGAACACUAGUCUCCACACCAUAGGAACUACGUCAGCUGUGCUGUACAUGGGAAGGACCUUCAAAGCUGCAGAGAGGAGGAUCUAGUGUGAGGGAAUGUGGAGGCUUUGGAUAAGAGUAUGGAGAACUAAAGCUUAGGGUUCAGAUAGGGGGGCUGAAAGGGCAGAAAUCAAAUUCAGGGGAGCUUUUCAUGGAGAGGGACUAGUCAGUACCUAAUCAAGGAAUAAAAAGCUAUUGAAAUGAUAUGAGUAAUCUUGAACUAGCCAGUGACCUCUUUUACUGUUGGCAAGAGGAGGAAGAGUAGCAGCUUUUGAAAAACGCAUCCAGGCAUGGUCAGGCUGUGUGAGGCCAGGAGUGCUGCAUCCCAUUGGACCUGUAGCCACUGCAGAUGGGGUAAGGAGGUCAGCCCACCCUGGCACCAAUGGGAGAGGGAACCUCUCAGAGAGAGGUUCAAGAGAUCAGCAUGGCCCUGCCACCUGUCUGAUACCCAGCCUUCCACUCCCUGUGAAGCAAAUCUCACUUCAUAGCAAUUGUCAAGCCAGCAUACAAAUUUAUCAAGCAAAUCAGGAAAGUUCAAACUUCCACAGUUAAUUCAUCCAUCCAGUUUUUGCCAACUUUCAACUGUCCAUCAAAACCCAUUGUGGUACUGAGCUGUUUUCACAACGUCUUUCUUGCUGACUAAGCCCUUACUCUGUUCUGCAAACUGAUGAAACAUCAGGCAGAUGUUACUGGUGAAAUUCUAACUUGAAAUGAGUAUAAACUGACAUUGAUAACAGUGCAGACAAACUGUCUCUGCAGGGCUAGAAAAUGUAGUUUUCAAAUGCUGGGAGAAGUUUGGAACAGAUGUCAGGACCAAAACUAUUAUUGCAGAAGUAGUAAAUCAGGACUGUUCCUGACCCUUUGAGAAUCUGAACUUUUUAAGUCAUUAUUUUUAAGCACAUUUUUUUUAGUUUUUGUGCAUUUCUUUAAUGUACCUUAAUCAGACCUUUCUUUCUCUAACUUCAUUGUACUCACAUAAAAAUGUCGUGCAGAUCAUAUUGUCAAAAGAUAUGCCAGACUCUUGCUUUGAUUUCUUCCUUGGUCACCUUUUAUAUUUGAACAGGUUUUAAGCUACUGACCUGCAGUACUUCCUCUUUACAGGGUCAAUAUCUUGUCAUGGGCAACAAUAAGAAUUUCACAUCUGACAAUUCACCUUUGAUUAGCACACAAGGAUGAGUGUAACAUUCUGCCUUGAAUUUAUUCUAUACUUUAUCCUGCACAUCAUUCUGCAACACAGGAGGGUCUAUCUGCAGAGCUAUUCCUUCUGGAAAAUUACAAACUGGCAUUUAAAUGGUGUAGCACUAGCAACAUAUCCACUCCCAACACGCAUGUACUGUACAAUGCUGUUAGUCCCUGAUGCUUAAAUGCAUCCUAAAAAGUGAAAGAAUGGGAGAGACGCAGCCCUGAGCCCCUCAUUUCUAUUCCCCAUGGCCUCUUUACAUAAGUUUUCCCCUGAGAGGGGCAAGACCAAUGGAACUGAGUCCUUCCUGAGACUGUUAUGAUCACCAUAAUGGGCCUGGCUGGCUAUAGAUGGAGGAGCCCAGGUAUGUUGUUCUCUUAUUUAUUUUGACCCUUCCAUUUCUGUACAUUUGGGAGCAGCCUUGUUUUCUGUUAAAGGUGCUACUUCUAUAUUCUC